AUGCCCUCGGAAGAAGCACGGGAGCGCUUGGCACUUGUCAUCCAGCAGUGGAACAACAAGCGGCUGGAUUUGUUUGAAAUAAGUCAACCUGACGAGAACCUGGAGUUUCACGGCGUUGUGCGUUUCUACCUGGAGGACCACAUCGUGGGCAAUGUUGCCACCAAGUGUCUGCGUGUCUCCAGCAGCUGCUCCACCCGUGAAGUCAUCGAGACGCUGUCAGAGAAAUUCAGGCCCGACAUGAAGAUGUUGACCACUUGCUAUUCCCUCUAUGAAAUCCACAGUAGGGAGGAGCGCCGACUGGAACUGGAUGACAAACCUCUGGUUGUACAGUUAAACUGGAGUGCAGACAACAGGGAGGGGCGAUUCGUCCUAAAGAAAGACGAGGAGAGUUUGGAGGAAAGCUGUCAUGAGAAGAAGGAAAAGGGAAGUAUGAUGCAAAACUUCAAGCGGACCCUGUCGAGAAAGGAAAAGAAGAAGGAGAAGAAUAAAACUAAGGCUACUGGCCAGACCGCGGAGGAUGGGAACCAGUCAACUGACAAACCGCCGAACAACAACACGGCUCAUGUCUGUUCCCGCCCGAUGAAGAAGAGUGACCACGGGCGUGCAGAAAACAAAGAGCAAGAACGAAGGCAGUCUGAUCCGGGAGUUCUGCACAUGCGCAGCCUUCAGCCUAUUUCCUUGAAUCAACCUGGACUCCCAGUUGAGAUUAAAUUCUGCGAAAACUCAGAGGAUUCCUUCUUGUCCGCCGUCAUAAACUACACCAACAGCUCCACGGUUCAUUUCAAGCUGUCCCCUGCCUACGUCCUCUAUGCAGCAGGACGCUUCGCUUUCCAACGCGAUCAAGGCCAAAGUCCCGGCAUCUCGGGGCGGACACAUAGAGUGACAUCUAUGAGCAACAAAAUGGUGGCAAUGACCCAAAAGGUGGUCGAGAAGCAGCAGACCAGCGCUGGUGGUCUCGCCUUCUGGAUGGCCAACUCCUCCGAGCUCCUAAACUUCAUCAAGAAUGACAAGGACCUGGGCCCUCUCACACAGCAAGCUCAGGUGGACCUCUCUCACCUUGUCCACAAGUCUUACAGGUGCCUGACUCAGUGUCUGCAGAAUGAACUUACAAAACAUCUGCCAACAUUUCUGAUUGAUCCAGAGAAACACGGUCCACUGCCUACUGGUAUAGAGAUGGUGCUGAACACCUUGAUGAACGCCAUGUCUCUGCUGCGGCGCUGUCGGGUCAAUCCCGCCCUCACCAUCCAGCUGUUCUCCCAGCUCUUCCACUUCCUCAGCGCCUGGCUCUUCAACCAGCUGAUGGGGUCGGAGGCUGGGGCCCUGGGCCUGCGCUCCCACUACUGGGGGGCCGCCCUGAGACAGAGGCUGAGCGGGAUAGAGGCCUGGGCAGAGAGACAGGGACUGGAACUGGCUGCCGACUGUCACCUGGGACACAUACUCCAGGCGACUGCACUGCUGACCAUGAGCAAGUACUCCAUUCACGACACCAAAGACGUUCAGAGUACCUGCUUCAGACUCAACUCCCAGCAGCUCAACACAUUACUGACCGGAUACGUCCGUGCAGCCGAUGAGCCCACCAUACCUGCUGGUUUGAUCGACAGCGUAUUGGCAACAGCAGAGACCACGGCAGACAACCUGGUCCGCAGCGAUGGACGUGAUGUCCAAGCGGAGGAGAGCCUGGAACUCCGUCUGCCCUUCCUGCUCCCAGAGGGAGGAUACUCCUGUGAUGCUGUGAAGGGAAUCCCGCCGGGAUUUUGUGAAUUCUUGGAGCCAAUUUGUUGGCUCUGCACCUUAAAAACCUGGCCCAACUUGAGAGCAAACUGGACGGCGUUCUUCGGUGAAGGAGCAUGCAGAGAGCCAGACCUCGUGACUAUCACACUGAAGAAACCCUUGAACAGUGGGAUGGGAAUCAGCAUCGUGGCUGCCAAGGGAGCGGGACAAGAUGAACUUGGGAUUUAUGUCAAAUCUGUUGUCAAGGGAGGACCAGCUGCAAUUGAUGGGAGGUUGAAUGCUGGGGACCAGUUGCUGAGUGUGGAUGGUCAGAGCCUCGUGGGUCUCAAUCAAGAAAGGGCGGCAGGCAUCAUAAUGCGAACUGGACCAGUUGUGACCCUACAGGUGGCGAUGCUCGGCGCAUCCUACUAUGGCCUUGAGGCCUUGCUAAGUGAGCCAAAUUCUGUCAUGGAUCCAGGUAUAAACAGAGGGACAAAUCAAUCCCUGAGUUCUCAGCAACAUCCACCCACACGAUCCUACUGGAGGAAACUAAAUGGAGAGCGUGGUGAUGGCCCCCGACGUACUAAACCUAAUGAUGAAGCGCUCCUGAUUCACCAGGAUGUGGGUCACAUCACGGCUGAACAGUGGGACGACAACCACAGGGCCGACCGGAGACAGCUGAUGCAACGAAACAGACAGCUUUACCGGUCCAACCCAAACAUGACUGACUCCGUCGGUGAUGACCAGGGACAACCCGUUGACCUGGUUUUCAGAGGAAGCCGAACCUCCGCUGUCUCCACCAUCAACCUCUGCACUGAUCGUCAAGCCCUUUCACAGGAAAACCUGUGCGUGGACAAACAACAUCAUGUAUGGGAGCAGCGGGAUCAGAGUGUGAAGCAGGCAAUGAGCCGUUAUUCUUCUUUCCCUAUGCGGCCAAGUGCCUCGAGUCACGACGUCCUUUCCGAUUCCAGUUCCCCAACGGUACACUGGCAGGCUGGCUGCAAAAGUGGCGCUGGUUUGUGGAGAAACCCUCUCUCACAGACUAAAACGCCGACACCCUCGACCCAGCCAAUACGCAUUGACAUUCCCAUAGCGAGGCCAGGCUUGACCCAGUUGAAUCCUCCGCUCGCCACCUUCCAGCCAAAUUCCUCUUUGCUGGCAGUGAAAUUGAGCCAGAACCUUAAAGGAAAUGGACAAACACCCGAAGGCAGACAAAAACAGAGUUCUCCACUCCAUACUGGUCGUACUUACACGUGUCCCGCCUCAACAACUAAGACAGGUCAGCUACCUCAGACCUCAGUUUUGCCUCAGCAGCAAAGACCAAUCAUAAGACGAGAGGCAGCAAAGCCGCAGGUGAGCAUCACUCCGGCCAAACAAGUGUCCUUCCAAAAACUACCGACUCAGGGGCAGCCAGCUGCUGGUGCCACACAACCGAAAGACUCUCGGUAUUUCACCAUGAGCAAGGAUUUGUCUGACGCCAGUGGCCUGUUGAUGGAUCCGUGGCGGAGAGAUGCCCGGGAGAAGUUGGAGAAGCAGCAGAGGCUACAGGAAGUGGAACUUCUGGAACAGGAAGUACAGGAGCUUCAGGCUAAAGUCAGUCGCACGGCGGAGGAGAACGACAGACUACGCAAGCUCCGCCUGGAGUGGCAGUUUCAGAAGAGACUGCAGGAGAUCCAACAGAAAGGAGGUGAUGAUGAAGAUGAUGAUGACGACGAUGAUAUGGACAUGAUGAUCACAAUACAGCAAUUGGAUCAGAGAGCACAGGUGAACGCCGUCUCAGACAUUGACAUUUGUCCUGUGAACAUGCAGUAA